AUGAAGAGAAAGCGCCUAAUUGGCAAGCAAUCUGUCGGGGCUUCUUGCCCAAGUGCAGGUGACGUGCUGCCUGAGGCGCUACAGAAGACGCGGCCCGAAGUUCUAGGUUUCUUAGACUUCCGUGCUUGCUGUCGGCUUCAGGCUGCCGCUUGUUUCUGGCGUGGUUCUACAUGGAACAGGCCUUCGCAGCACCUUGAGAGUCUUUGGCGCCGCGUGUCCCACAUCAUGCGGCCCUUCCUUGAGGACCAAGACUGGUGCCGCUUAGAAGCUGCAUCGCCGUACUGGCUACAGAACGCUGCUGGCGAGGCAUCGUGGCAAGCUCUCUUGGUAGAGCGCUUCGGCGCGAUUCCUGCCGUUCCUGGUGUGGAAGUGUUAGCAAGACUGCGCACACGGCGCACGGAACGCAAGUUUCUCUACUUUCUGCAUGUCUCCUGGCGCAUAGUACCUGGAGAACGUGCUGCAGGCAUCCGCAUCGGACUGCAGAAGAGCAAGCUUCUCACGAAGCCUUGUCACACAAUUGUGCCUCGCUACUAUAUACCGGAGUACCUCAGCCCAGGGAAAGGUUACUUCUUCUUGGACUUCAAGCCUAUCGGAGGCCCCGUUGAGUGGUGGGAGAGGUUGGCGGACGAGAGGGCGCACAAAUCGUUCGACCUGCCCAUUGCACAUGAGGAAGUGACUCCCCCAUUAGGUGUUUACGAUGGCUACAACACCGACUUCACGGGACAAUGCCUCACGAUCUGGACGGACGGGGCUGUUGUCAGGGCCGUUGGUUGUCACAAAACUUCGCCGAAGUUUCGUUUCCUGGAGGUUCCAGGACGCCCGACGCUCAAGGGAAUCUCCAUCGGAAUCAAGUGCCAGCAGCUCCUGGACAAGCUUGGCGCUGUCAUCGAUGACAUCAUCUUCGGUGACAGCAACCCUGGUGGUCCAACCAUCUUCUUCGAGCAGUUGCCACGGGUGAGCUUCGAAGUAGAUGCAGAAAAUGGCGGUUUGGCAGAGGUAGACGACUUCACGUCGUAUCAGGAUAUCGACUGGCUGCGGCCGCGCCUCCACUUCCCUAUCAGCGCGAUCUUUGUCUGGUGA